GCAGAGAAGCGGCGCCGCAGCCAGGGCAGCCGCAGCUAAAGAAAGGGAGUUUUGUCCUCGCUGCUGCUGCUGCUGCGGCCGGCCUCGGAGCAAAGCGACCAUGGCCGCAGCUUGCCUCAGGCCGAAGGCGGGCUGCGAAGCGCGAAAGGCAACUACGGCCGCAGGAGGAGCAAACGCCCAGCAGUGACCAACCCUCCUCCUAACGUCCAGGCCGCGCGUCCUCCGGCGUCGCGACGCGGGGGGGGACUCACGCUCCGCUUCGCUUUGCCGUCGCCCCUCGCUUUCCCCGCGGCAGCGGAGGCGGUUACUAGCACCAUGUGGGGGAGGCUUCUCUCCGAGAUCGGGCAAAACGGGGACUACCGGAUAGGCCCAGAAUGUUCUUCAUCAGGAUGGUUUUCGGGUACUGAUUCUCUGUGGCAAGCCACGGCAGGUCCAGCCAGCCGUCAAAGUAUUCAUAUCAGAAGACACAGCAUAGCUUCUGACAGUGGAGACACAGGUGUUGGAACUUCCUGUUCUGAUAGUGUGGAAGAUCAUUCCACAUCAAGUGGUACUUCCUCGUUUAAGCCCAGCCGCUCGUUGGUCUCAAUUCCCACUGCCCAUGUAAUGCCAUCUCAUAUCAACACUUCACUUUCAAAACAUAGGGAUCCUCUCAAGUCUAACUCUGCAAAGUGGAGCACAAACCUUUUGAGAUCUGCUCAAAGCAGGAAUCAGGGCAUGUUGGACAGCUCUCUUGAUAUGAAAGAUUUGAGGCCUGUAAGGAAGUGGUCAUCGUUGUCUAAACUCAGCACUCUUAGUUGUAACCAGGAUGGGAAUGUUUAUUCAGCAGAAUGCAGGACCAACUUGGAUAUAAAUGGAAGAGACAAGACUGCUUCACCACAAUUAAGAACAAAUGGGUCAAAUUGCUUGUACAGGAGUAUGGAACUAUUAAAGUCUGAGGAUAGAGAAAAUGAGAAGAAAAAGAAUUCUACUUUGAACUGCAAAUACAAAUUUGAAAGUUGCAGCAAAGAAGAUUGGGGGGUUCCUGAUGUCUCAAACAGGAGACAUGCCUUAGAUAUGACCUAUAGUGCCUUACCUGAAAGCAAGCCUGCUCCAUUAAACUCUGAAGCUUUUCAUCAAGAAUAUAUAACUUUGGAACCACAAGCUGCAGUCCCAUCCCAGGUUUCCAUUCAAUCUUCUGAAAGGACUCAGAGGUGGCUUACAGAACAAUUUCGUACAAAUCCUCCAGAAUCCAGGCCUUCUGAGGAGUCAUACAGCUUAACUCCUUGGCAGUUACAGCAACUUGAAGAGCUUAGAACAGGAAGUGAACACACUCUGCAGGUAAGAAUAAAAUUUCAGUGUUCUGGUGGAUCGUACCAUCAAAGUUAUCCAGCUACAAACUAGGACUAUAAUAAUUGGGAGUCCCUGAUGAGAAUUAAAGAAGGGCUGUUAAGGCAAAAAGAAAUUGUGAUUGAUAGGCAAAACCAGCAAAUUAGCCUUCUGUAUCAGAUAAGAGAGAAUGAACUACGAGCUCAACAAGCAAGAAUAGGGCAUGUUGUAAAUUGUGAAGAAUCAUACAUGAAUAGUUUCCAGCCUCAGUAUGAGACAUCAAUGCCAGCUCAAUUUACAGACAGAUCUUUGACCCAAUGUGAAAGGGAGCAAGUUAAGUUUGCAUCAGUACCAAAUAAGGAGGUGCAACUCAGUGAGUUUUUGAAAGAAAUAGUAAAAUCCAAUGAAGAUAAAAAGAAAAUGGAAGAGAAGCUCAGAACCCGAGACAGGUACAUAAGUAGCCUAAAAAAGAAAUGCCAGAAAGAAUUCGAACAAAAUAAAGAGAAACAGAGGCGAAUCGAAACACUUGAAAAAUACCUAGCUGAUUUGCCAACACUGGAUGAUGUUGAGAAGCAAAGUAAAGAGCUACUUGGUCUUGAAGAAAAAUAUAAGCAGCUGAAAGCUGCUAUGGUUAAGUUAGAAAAGGAACUGGAUGAAUCUGAGACACAGUGUAAAGAAAAAGAAUUGCAGCUUGUGUGCCAGAAGAAGAAAGAAAAAGAAUUGAUAGUUGCAGUGCAAAGCUUGCAACAGAAAGUAGAAAAAUGCCUGGAAGAUGGGGUCCGUCUUCCUAUGUUAGAUGCAAAACAGCUUCAGAGUGAAAAUGAAAGCCUCAAAGAAAAAAAUGAGAAGGCUAAUAAGGUCAUAGACAAUCAACAAAAUCAGAUCACCGAGAUAUCUUUAGAUAUACAGUCUAUGCAAGAAAAGAUUUUAGAAGGAAAUCUGACAAUUCAGAAACAAAAAAAUGAACUUGAAGAGAAGGAUAAAAGUGUACAGCAGUUAAAGGAGGUACUUCUUGAAAACCAAAGAUUUAUGGAAGAAAAUGCAAGUUUAAGAGAACAGAUUCAUCAGAUGGAACAGUCCAGACGACCAGUAGCCGAAAAAUUACCUGUGGCAAAUCAGUUGUUCAUAGAGAUGUCUCACUGUCUGUUUGACUUGAAAGCACUUUGCAGUAUUCUUACUCACAGAGCUCAGGGCAAAGAACCUAACCUGUCCUUGCUGCUUGGAAUCCAAUCAAUGAACUGUUCCUCUGAAGAUGAGAAGCACCAUAGCACAGAAAGUCUCUCUAAGAAGCUCUCAGAGGUUUGUCAGUUACGGAAAGAUAUUGAUGAACUGAGGACUAUAAUUUCAGACUGCUAUGCUCAGGACAUGGGAGAAAAUUGCAUUACACAGUGAUGACAUCUUGGCCUCACACUUACAACUAAGUUAUUAAAUGCUGCUCUGGUUUUAAUUCCUCAUGUUUCUGUUACAAACAAUACUGGAAAGCAAAUGCUGUGCCAGGUGAAAAGGUUUCAUGCAUAGUUCAUGCAGAUAAUACACUCUUCUUUCGAAGAGAUUUUGUGCUGCAAGAAAAAAAAUCCAAUUUCUUUAAAACUACUGAAUGUAGGUCAAAGCUGUGAAUAAUGUUCUUUUGAAAAUGGUUUUUAUUUCUUUUGUUACGCUGAUAAAGAAAAGACAGAUUUUUCUGGAGUAAAAACAGAAGAGGGCACUAUAACAGUGGUUCAGCAAGCUUUAGGAUAGAAGAUCAGACCCGAGAAUCUUCAUGACAAAAGCAGUUGGAUAUGCUUGGUUAUUUGAAGGUCAGGUAUUAGAACGGUGGAUGAAGAUACAGAGUCAUAACAAAGAUUUUUUUGAAUCCAGGGAGUACUGAUGGUUUGGCCACACAAAAAAGAAAAUAUAGAUAAAAAUUAUAUGCUCUUUAAAGGUUGCAUUCCCAGUUUGAUUAUUGUUUUAUUCUGCAGUUCUUGUGUAAUGCAAAGGGACAAAAAGAUGAAAAAACAUUCACAUUUCAGAGAAGGAAGGGAUUCAGCCUUAGAAUUUAGUCACCAACUAUUAAGCUCUUUUGCAUUAAUUAGGCUGGGCAAAAUGGUUUUGAUAAAAGAUUUUUUUAAAAAAACAAAAACAUUUAAGUGUAAUAUCUUCAUAACAACAUAUAUUUACUCUUUGUUUGAAAUUUCGGCAAAGUAGUAUCCGCUGAAUGUGAAUGUUUGAAUUCCAGCACACAGAAAAAUAGAAAGCCUUAAAGAAACCUGAUUUCUUCUGGCGACCUGAAACAGCAGAUUUUGAUGAAUAAUUAAUAGAGUUGCUUCAAAAUUAUAUCACAACUGGCAUAAAAACCUUAUGUGAGAACAGAGUUCUUGACUAUUCAGGCAAAUAUGCUUAAGUUCCUCUUCUUGCCAGAAGAGGACUUGGAUGAAUUCAUCAGUGCCAGCCUUCAUAGAUGCAGUGUUAAAAUGCCUGAAUGAAAGGUAUGCCACUUUGUAAUCCAGGUUUAUAUAUUUUGCUGUGUUAAAAUUUAUGUGCCGUUUGUCAAGACAAGCCUGAUGCCACUUUAUUAUGACAUCUAUUCUACAAUCUACAAAAAACACCUUCUUUGAAAAAAGGAAACUUACUAAAUACAGUGCAUGAUGCUCAUAGAUGCCAUGAGGCUCAUAACUUCAGUCUUGCCAAAAGUUGAUGUUUAAAGAGCAAGAAAUGGAUUAUUAUUCUCAAUUUCUUACAUUAAUAUUUUUCCUUAAACAAUUUUUAAACCAUAAUUUUAUAUUGAUAUUUUCACAUUUUGUGUGAUUCAAAUUUACAUUUUAUUUGUAUAGGAUGCAGUUUUAAAAAAAUGGUCUUUUUAAAGUUACAUUUAUUUAAUAUGAGCUUAUUCCUACUCUGAUGACUAUAGUAUGUGUGGAAAUCUAUGUUAAUAUUGAACUUAACUGAUGCUCAAUCGUUUUAAAGUCACAUCUAUAAAUAUUACAUAGAAGCAGCUAGCAAAGGAUAAAGAUCCUUAACCCUGCUGAUUGAUGUCUAAAUUUAAAAUAUUAAGAUUACAAUCCGAAGAGUACUACUAGAAAUAAAAUUGAGCAGUAACUUAUAAUUGUAACUUUAAAUUCAUAUCUAUGCAGAUGAAGGGGUGAAUGAUCAGAACCUGAUUCACUUUCUCACCAAUGAAUAAUGAGUGCAAGCCUGACUUUCUUACUACACUGUGCUAUUAAGAAGCACAAAUGUCAUUUUGUGAUACUAAAUGUUCUCAUUUUAUAUUGUAUUUGACUCUGUAUCUUGCAAACAAUUUGGAACUGCAGCAUUAUAUUAUUAUUAAGAAAGAAUCUUCCACCAAAAAAAAGAUAAGAGCAGUUUGUGGAAGUAGAUUUUUGACAAAAAUUGUCAAGAAAUUUCAUUUUGCAUGGGCUGCAAAUAACAGAUUUUAAUUAACUAGUGGCGGGGUUGUUUAGUUUCUUUCCUUUAACAAACCAUCCGAUUUCAGAGGUGGGUUCCUACCUGUUGAGGUCAGUAGUAACUUGGCACCUGGGUCACUGGAACCAGCAGUGACCAAGCCUGUCACACCCCUGAACCGGUUCUCCUGAUGGUGGCGCAGAGCAAUUUUAGUAGUAAUGCAUGUGCAGCGUGCGUCAAGCGCAUGUGUGCGGCACGCCCCUGAGCGAACCGGCAGUAGCGGCCACCGGAACUCACCCCUUUCCUAUUUGCCUACUUUAUAACAUCAUGAGGUCAUACCACCACUUUUACUUUGAAUAGACAAUCAUAUAGCACUCAAGGAAGAACUAAUUUUUGAGAGAUUAUCCCAGAUGCCUGAUACUGUUGAUCCUUGCUAGAUAUUUGUUUAACUAAUGUAGUUUAACAGUUUUAAACAUAUUCAUACUCUAUGCAUGUUUAUGAACCUUUUUAAAAAAAAAAAGGUUUGACAAAUUAUUUUACAAUUUGUAUUUUUAAAAGUUCAUAUUUUUGCUCUUGAAAUAAGAAUUGUGUCACAAGAAAUGCCUCCCAAUAUGCUGUAGAGCAGUGUUUUCCAAAUCUGGCAACUUCAACCUGGACUUCAAUUCCUAGAAUUGUCUACCUAUCUUAAAGUUGCCAAGUUUAAAAAAUACUUGUGAUUAAGACUUUGGUGAAAUAAAUGGGUAAUUUGUUUAACAAUAAUAUAUUAUUUCAGUUUAAUGUGCAUAUAUGUAUUAUUGUAAAUACAUAGAUAAACUUCACUAAUUUAUUAAAAAUAAGGUCACUGCUUUACAGCACUUUGGGGAAUUUGCUUUAGUGUUCACCCAUAGUGUUCACUCAUAUCCAGUGAAAAUAACAAAGGUGUAGCAUGCAUUUCAGCUGCAUUUCUAUUGUCAACAACCCUCAGUGACUGCAAUUCAUUGGUCGAAUAGAGGAGACUCUUAAUGGGUGUGCGUUGAUAAGAUCUUCAGUGUUUUAGAGAAGGCCUGAGGCUGUACAUCUAAGGUGGCCUUCUUACACUACCAGCAAACACAAAGUGUUGGAAUUAAGGGCUAUUAGUACGACCCUCUUUUCUUCGUACCCAUUCAUUGGAACAACUAAAAUGAGGUUGUGAUUUCUGACAUUUUGCCCAACCAAACUGGCCAGUAAAAUAAGUAUGCUGUGAAUCACAAACCUAUUCAAGCAUUUGAUAGAGACUGCUGAGUGGAAAGCAUCAGGUAUUUGUUCCUGCUUUAAACAAGAAGGCACCUAGAUUUACCCUCAAAUGCUAAUAGCAGGAAGAAGGCAUCUGCAACUUCUUGUAAUGUAGUUUAUGUAGUAUAUAGAAAGAGAUUUGUUUCUCCAAUAAAGGCUCCAUAUGUCCUGGUAAUUAGUAUAAUGUGUCUUAGUGAAAUGAAACAGUCAAAGAUGAUUACCAAGACAGAAGGACAAAAUUAAAUGAGCCAUAAAUGCACAGUAUUAUUUUAUUAAUAAUAACUUAGCAGUUUGGAAUCUAAAGAACUUACCUGUUUACAAUGGCUAUUUAGUAGCUUGAGUUCUGCAUAAGAGAUGCAUGAGUUUUUUCACUGAAUAUGUGUGUGGCCUCAUUCAACACAUGUUAUAAAAUGGUUAAUUAACAAUAGCUUUUUAGAAAAAAAAAUAGUUCACAAUGAUAUUACUAAGCUGAUUUAGUCAUGACAACCUUUCCCCACAGAUACAGGAGAUCAUUCAAAGAGCUGAAAAGUAUUACUAAUAAAUAAAACGUAGAUAGGUUUGUCAUAGAUGAAAGCAAAAAUUGCAUAUUUCAUAUGUCAAGGUUGCAUUUUUACAGAUGUGUAGGUGGCCAUUCUAUAGUAACUACUAUAAUUUAAGAAUGUAUCCUAAAAGGAAUUUAGAAAGUUACUUUCAUACCUGUCUAAUGCAGUUAUUAUAUUUCAUUUGUAUGUACAGUAUUCAAAUUUAGUACUGUAGUAUAAACUUAAUUUGACUUGAUUUUUUGUAAAGCAGGGUCAGUGAUCCUAUUUGGAAAAUUUUCUUAGCUCUGACAGUAAUGCCCAAAUCAGUAAUACUUCAUCAUUAUAUAAGGAUAGAGUUAGGUGUUAAAUAUUUAAGUUUUGGAAUGUAAGUUAUGAGCACAGUAGAUCAUUUUUAGUAGAUUUACCAUAAUCAGCACCCUGGAAAUAAAUAUUUUUUAAAAAGUAAUAUAAAUGAACCAAAAUAUUUUUUAACUUUUGAUUACUCUACAAAUUAGUUUUUUUAGUUAUUUAUUCCCAUCUCACUCCCGUUUGGAAAAAUUGUGAAAAGUUAUUUCUUGUUAGAAUCCAGAAUGAGAAGAAAAGAAGAAAAGAUAAAUGCAAGAUGAGGUGUGCAUCAGUUUUACUCUGCCUAAAACUUAAACUGGGACUAAAUUCAUCUAACCCCCAAAUUUAAUUAGUCAGCAAUCUCUGUAAAUCUCUGCAUAUAUAAAAAUAAUUCUAA